AUGGUAGAAUCUUCAAAGAAAAGUAGUUGUAAAGUAAAUACAGAGUCGACAAAUAAAGUGAUGGAAGAUCAUGACACGGUCGAUGUUGUAGCUGGGAAUUGGAUCCGAGAUUCUCAUGGGAAAUGGGUCUUUGAAUCAUUACCAUCGAUUGGACCGGCUUUCAUACAGCUAAAUACCAGGAUGAGUCAUUCAGAGCUGGUGAACAAAGUGAAAGAGAAGCUAAACUUAACGGUAUCGAACAUCUCUGUCAAACUCUCUUACCAGUACCCUACUUGGUUGGAGAUUAAUGAGGGGGAUACGUGUGAUCCGCAAUUCAUAACCGACGACCAAGAAGUAGUUGUCUUUGUUGAAAUGAGGCGAACUAUUGAGGAAGUGAAUCUAUGCGUUACACCAAGCCGAUUAGUUCACAGAGUGCAAAUGGCAAUGGGAGAAACACACCCUCAAAUUACAACUGGCGAUUCGGAACCUGACGAGCACUGGCAUGACCUUUUCAUGUCCGAAACACUUAUGACACUCCCGGUUACCCAGACGCAUGAGUUAAAGGCAAUGGUAAAAGGCCCUGGAAUACUAUACUACGAAAAGCAACUGAAAGGUAAGGCCCCUGCUCUGCCAGAGGAUACCCCUUCUGACAGCGACGAUGCUAUAAACACACAAAUGACACCAACAGAGAAAAGGUCUCUAGUGCCCAUUAGGAGGAGGCUAUUCCACGACUCGGAGGGAGAAGAGGAGUCAGACUCUUACUCAGGGGAGGACGAAACAGAGGAGAAUGUGGAUGGUGAAGGGACGUCGACAUUAACCACCUAUAAGAAGUUUGAGGAGUCCCUACACGCAAUGCUGACAGACAACGGUAAUGAUCUGGUGUUGUUCGCUAGAGACGCACCUCCUGUCUUUGAUAUGAGCGAGACUGAU